AUGGACUCAGCCAGCCCAGGUGCUAGCUUUCUCUCAUCUCCAUUCGCCAGCCAUGGACUGAAUCAGCCCCGGUCUCUGAUCGCAGAGAUCUACCUUAGCCCAGCAGAUGCUCAGGACAUAUACAAGCAACUAAAAGCACAAAUGUAUUCCCCCUUUUCUUUUCUGUCUGAGGUAGCUCCCAAGCCCUCACCACCUCAAACGGUUUUACCCUCCAUGUGGCUGGGUGCCUUUUCUCUGUCUCCAGUUCCCAAGCCUGCUCCAGUUUCCACUAGUUUUGCCUCAUCACCCUUUGCUGCUGCAACCUUCCGGUGCUCCCCAUCCAGCUCCUCGCCAGCUGCAGCCUCCACGUACUCCCCAUCCAGCUCCUUGCCAGCUGCAGCCUCCACGUACUCCACUGCCAGCUCCUCGCCAGCUGCAGCCUCCACAUGCUCCCCAGCCAGCUCCCUGCCUAAGCUGCCGGAGCCCUCGUUUGAGCCAGACCUCCAGCUGCCACAGCCUUCGUCUCAGCCAGACCUCCAGCUGCCACAGCCCUCGUCUCCUUCAAGUCCUGUUCCUGUCUCCGGGUUGGUCGGCUGGUGCGCCGACGCCGCCUCAUCUCCAACUCCUGUCUCCGGGCAGGCGGGUCGGCUGGCACACCCUCACCGCAUCCGGCCCUGUUUUCGAGUGGGUCGGCAACGACGCCACUCUCCCGCUUCCAGAUCCUGA